AUGCAGUUUAUUUCGGUCAUCAGCGCACUGUCCCUUGUAGCUGGCUCUCAUGCUUGGGCCAGCGACGGCCACGGAACGUGGGUGGCUAACAACAACUGGUAUACUUGGAGGAAACUAGAAGGAGGCGGGAACUUGAGAGUACAUGAAGCAUGCACCAUCAGGAACAGAAAUGAUAUGGUCUAUGAGAACAGCGAGCCAUGCGCCUACUGGACAAAUGCUCAGGGUGGCAUGUUCAAAGGACAUUGUACGCGCCGCAAGUCAGGCAAAGAUAUUCUCGUUGGGUGCUACUGA